AUGUCUUCUUCCUCCUCCUCCUCAUCCUCCAGGUACAAGGCAAUCGUGAAGCCCAUGGACAUCCAGGCCUCCAACGCGGCGAGGAUCGUCCUGCGGGCUGCAGUGAUCUGGCUCUUCUCCAUGACCCUGGCUGUCCCCGAGGCUGUCUUCUCAGACCUCCGCUCGUUCAGCAUCCACAGCACCAAUGAGACCUUCAUCACCUGCGCCCCCUAUCCCCACGAUGGUGAACUGCAUCCCAAGAUCCACUCCAUGGCCUCCUUCCUCAUCUUCUAUGUGAUUCCUCUGUCGGUUAUAUCAGUCUAUUACCUGUUCAUCGCCAGGAGCCUGAUCAGGAGUGCCUAUAAUAUGCCGGUGGAGGGCAACGUGCACGUCAGAAGACAGAUAGAGUCCAGGAAGCGCCUUGCCAAGACCGUCCUGGUGUUUGUGGGCCUGUUCGCCGUGUGCUGGCUCCCCUGUCACGUGAUCUACCUCAACCGCUCCUACCACUACUCCGAAGUGGACACCUCCAUGGCCCACUUCAUCUUCACCGUGGGAGCCCGUGUCCUGGCCUUCACUAACUCCUGUGUCAACCCCUUCGCCCUCUACCUGCUCAGCAAGAGUUUCCAGAAGCAGUUCAACAAGCAGCUGUGUUGUUGUUGUCGAGCCCUGGCGAAGAGGUCCCAGAGCCAGAGGAGGAACAGGAACAACACACACAUGACCUCCCUCAGGACCACCAACCACUCAGUGGCCAGUCUGAGCUUUAUUAAUGGAAAACACAUCUGUCAGGAGGACAGUGUGUGAGAGACAGAUGGGUGGAUGGUAAGAGAGAGACAGACAUACAGGUCUACCAAGAGGAGAGAAUGUGAGACAGACAGAAAGGUCUACCAAGAGGAGAGAGUGUGAGACAGACAGGUGUAGUCGGAUGGUAGGACCAAGGGAUAUCAAAGGUUCCAGUGUGGUAUGCAGAUGGUCGGGUGGGAGUCUGUCUGUCUGUCUGUCUGUCUGUCUGUCUGUCUGUCUGUCUGUCUCACAUUGCUCACCCUUUGAAAUGGACGCUAAUCUGGAAUCACCCGAGUGUUUCCUGACCUGUUUGAUUGUAUUGAGCCUUUAAUCAAGAUCCCACAGCAGCUGUAUAGAUGACCUACAUAGAACAGUAUGUGUACCUUUAUGUAUUUGAACAGUGUGUGAACCUUUAUGUAUUUGUACAGUGUGUGAACCGUUAUGUAUUUGAACAGUGUGUGAACCUUUAUGUAUUUGAACAGUGUGUGAACCUUUAUGUAUUUGAACAGUGUGUGAACCUUUAUGUAUUUGAACAGUGUGUGAACCUUUAUGUAUUUGAACAGUGUGUGAACCUUUAUGUAUUUGUACAGUGUG